UUAAACUGCGCACGUUACUAUAGCAACAAAAGCGCGUUCUUGUCGCCAUCGUCUAUAAACACACACAGACACAGCGGAUUAAGAAUCGUUAUGAAAAGUUAUGAUGAGUUUACGGGUUGUAGUAAUUUAAAACAAAUUAAACAUGUUGUCCGGUGUGACACAGAUCAGCCGAUUCGUUUCGAAACAGAUUUUUACUGAGAGAAAGUCCGUAAAUCAGUAUGAGGCUGUAAGAUUCAACGAGCUGUCUCGAGUCAUUCGCCUGCUUGAAGAUCCAGUUUCUUCCUCAUUGAAGGAGAGACACAUUUUUAUGUUGAAGAAAGUGGUAAAGACAUGUCAUCGAGGAUUUGUUUUGAGGGAUCUCGCAGACGUGUUUAAGAUUAUAAACAUUUGUGCUGAGAAAGCAACAGAUGAUGAAGAUUAUUCCAGAAUCCUCUGUGAUUUACUCCACAUAUGCGGGCGACCCUUCCUAAAGGAGAAGUCCUCUGAUGAGAUGAACUAUGACACUGUAGUGAUGGGCUGUCUGUCUCAGAUGGGUUAUCUGAUGAGAGUUCCAGUCCAAGAAAUUAGACAUCAGAUCUGUUCCUCUGUGAUUGCUUUUUACACCUGUGAAAACCCCAGAUCUGGAUUUGAUGGUGUUUGUCCCACACGUGCUGAUUACAGAAGGCUGAUGGUCGAACGUAGCGGCCUGGCUGAAACACUUGUGAUGUCACUGCCCCUCAUGGAAAAUCAGCUGUCAGUCAAACUGCGUCUUCUUCACACUCUCCAGAUCUUGUCCCGGACAUCAGAUGUGAACUGUAAUUUAAUGCUGAAAGCUCAGGCCGCUCACAAGAUCUGUUACCAUAUGAGCGAAGGUGACCCAUCUGGGCAGAUUCUGUUUCGCUCUUCAGAGAUCUUGUUGAAUCUUCUGGAGAACGGAUCGAUAGAGGAGGUCACCACUCAGCUCAGUAACAUGGACUGUAUAGAUUCAUUAAAACAGGCGUUUCUACACCAGCUGCUGAAUGGUUUUCGUCAUUAUGAUCAACAGCUGAGGAAUGACCUACUGGUGCUUACAUCACUGAUUGCAGCCAAUCCAAAUGCUCCUUUGACUGAGAGCGGGUUUGUCAAACAUCUCGCACUGCUUGCCACUUUUCCAGAGUUGAAGAGUCACAAUCCUCUGGUGCGUAACCUCAGGCUUUCCUUCAACCAAGAGGACUUUGAGAUGAAAAAACUCUUGCUGAAUGUGAUUGUUGUCCUGUCUAAAGAUCUGGCUGCUCUGCAGUUGUUUAAAGAGGGUCGCGUCAUGCUGGCUCUGAUGCUUUCGAUCAAACCGAGAUCAUGUGACAUCCAUAGCAGCAGACGCAGCUGGACAUCCAGCCAGCAGGAGGAGCUGCAGCUUCAGGCUUUAGCAACACUUAGCAUGUUGGCACCUUUGAUGCUGGAUGACUACAUUAUGUGUCAGGCCAACACUUGUCUGCUGCUUUUGCUGGACUGGUGUCUACAGGAAGACUCCUUUAGGGGUCAGGGUCACAGUUUCCAUGGCACGGGUGGGCGUGGCGGGAAGAAGGCGCAGAUGAGAUACUGCAUUCGUGUGCUUAGAUCUGUGGUGUGUCUGGGCAAUGAGCUGGUUAUCCAGGACCUCUGUGAUCAGGGAGGAAUAGGGCAGCUUUUGGGGGUGUUGCGCUGGUUCUUAAGACAAAAGGAGACAGAAGAUGAUGUUUCUCUGGAGAUACAGAUGGACAUUCAGGUCAUUCUGUCUGCGCUCUGUGAGGGGGACAUGCACAGGAAGGAGCUGUUUGGCAGUGACGGUGUGGAGAUUUUGCUUCAGUAUUUGAAUAUGGAUCCUCAUCUGAUCUUUGGUGGGUUGGGUCAUAAUAAACUGCUUCUGUCCACUGUCGACUGUGUUUGGUCCUGUGUCGUUGGCUGUUUCAAUACCGAGGACGUGUUUUUGGAGAGACGUGGUAUUCAUCUACUCCUGCACCUGCUGCAGGUGAGCCCCAGGCAUAUGUUGAGCAUGCUCAUCGGGACGCUGCUGGAGUUGUGUGAAAACAGGCAGGCGCUGGCACACAUGCUGAGCUGGUGCGGAGAGAAAGACGCCUCUGCCCCACAACUCCUCUUAAAGAUCUGGAGGGAAGAGGAGAAGCUGAUGGGCAUCACACGAGACCAGCGGGGAAUCAUCACAGACGUAAAGCAGCCAAUCAUCUCACAGACUGAGGACGAACCGUCAUCACAUGACUUCAGUGCUUCAGUCAGAGACGUGUCAGAGAGCCUGUGUGCAAACAUCUACUGCAUAUUCUCCAAACUGGGAUUUAAACGGCUGUCGGGUUUGAGUACAGAAGAUUACAUCACACUCAGCAUCAUCAGCCAAUACCUGGACUUCAAGGUGGCUGAGGUUUGGGCUGAGGUCUCAGCUGAGCUGUCUGAUGAGGGACUGACACCCAUUUCAUCAGAUGAAGAAGCCUUGAAGAGCAUGAAACAGAUCAAUGAUGACACAGCCGGUCACGUGCGCUCUCUGCAGCAAAGCAUUCUGGGCUGGCAGCAACAUGAAGAUCUGCAGGAGGAGAGACGCAUGUAUACUGAGAUAAUCUUCACUCAUAAGCAGAGAGAGUUAGCUACGGAGGCCUGGAGAAAUUAUGUUGCCAGAACAUCAAACUACAGCAUCUUAAAGGAGUUCAAAAGGCUACGAGAAGAAAGCAACACCAGGGGCCCAGAUGCGACAACAGACGAGACCCUUGAGGGACCCCCGAAACAAAAGACCCCUCCAAACACCGUCUCAGAUUAAUAAACCAUUGCCAAUGACAUUGAUAUUUACAACA